GCAGAAAAUGGUCGGUCGGGGGCUGUUCGGAGGGCGAAUAUAGCCAAAGGCAAGAGGCACCCUCUCUCUGCGGGGAGGGAAGGGCUCCCCUCCGGCCUCCUUCCUGCUCCCGUCAUCGGGGAUGUUGUUGUUCUGCCUUCAGCAGCGGCGACUGAGGAGCAUGAAACGGGUCAGGACCAGCCGAAACGCCCGCCGUGGCAUCAUGAAGCAGCGGCAGCCGCCCCGAGAGGAGGUGGGGAAAGAGAAUCCGGAGUGAGGAGGAGCCGCAGCGGCGGGUUCUGCUUCCCCGUGUGUGCUUCGCCACCCUUGUUUGGGCUCUCGGUCGGCCCGCGGCAGGAAAAUGGACCCCUUCCCCAGUAAUGAUCGAAUUCAGUUACCUAGGAAUAUGAUUGAAAACAGCCUGUUUGAGGAAGAACCUGAUGUGGUUGACUUAGCUAAAGAACCUUCCUUGCAUCCAUUGGAGCCUGAUGAAGUGGAGUAUGAACCAAGGAGUUCUCGGCUUCUAGUACGUGGUCUUGCAGAACAUGAAAUAGAUGAAGAUGAAGAGGAUUAUGAGUCAUCAGCUAGACUUCUGGGAAUGUCAUUUAUGAAUAGAAGUACAGGCCUGCGCAGUAGCACCACAGGCUACAGGCAGAGUUCAAGUGGAUCUUGCUCUGCACCAUCUGCAAGGACCACAGUGAUCUGUGCUGUUAUUCUUGUGAUUGCUGUUUCUGUAAUAAUGGCAAUUUAUCUUCUUCCUAAAUGUACCUUUACCAAAGAAGGCUGUCAAAAGAAAAAACAGACACAAGAAGUAAUAUAUCCUCACGCAACCAAUGGACAGGUCUUUCCAUGGGCAAAUAUAAGGCUUCCAAGUGAUGUUGUGCCAGUACAUUAUGAUAUUGUGUUGCAGCCAAACCUAACCAGUCUGAUGUUUUCAGGUUCUGUUCAGAUUACUGUGAAAGUCCUCCAAGUUACUUGGCAUAUCAUACUUCACAGCUCAAGACUAAGUAUUACUAAGGCAACUCUUACUCCUGUGGGGUCAAGCCAGCCAAAACCAGUGGAGAUUCUCGAAUAUCCAGUGAAUGACCAGAUUGCAAUUUUGGCCCCAGAGGCUCUCCUUGUUGGACACAGUUAUACUUUAAACAUGGAAUAUCACUCUAAUUUAUCUGACACUUAUUAUGGCUUUUACAAAAUUGCCUACAACAGUUCAGCAGAGAGGUGGCUUGCAGCAACUCAGUUUGAGCCUCUGGCAGCAAGAGCAGUUUUCCCUUGUUUUGAUGAACCAGCAUUCAAAGCCACUUUUCAAGUCAAAGUCAAGAGGGAAGAACAACAUUCUGCUCUGUCCAAUAUGCCAAAGAAAAAAACCACUCCUGUGACAGAUGGAAUAGUUCAGGAUGAGUUUUCCAUAAGCCUGAAAAUGAGCACUUACCUAGUGGCUGUCGUUGUUGGAGACUUGGCAAAUACCAGCAAGGAAACAAAUGGGACUCUGGUGUCUGUUUAUGCUGUGCCACAAAAGUUAGACCAGGCUGAAUAUGCCUUGGACACCUCAGUGAAGCUGCUUGAAUUUUAUCAGGAGUAUUUUGAUAUAAAAUACCCCCUUCCAAAAUUAGAUUUGGUAGCUAUUCCUGAUUUUCAGGCUGGGGCUAUGGAAAACUGGGGCUUGAUCACUUUUCGAGAAACAGUGCUCCUUCAUGAUAAUAAAACCUCUUCUGCAAUGGAUAAGAAAAAAAUAACAGCAGUGAUUGCCCAUGAGUUGGCACACCAGUGGUUUGGCAAUCUUGUAACUAUGGAAUGGUGGAAUGACUUGUGGCUGAAUGAAGGAUUUGCCACUUUUAUGGAAUUCUUUGCCAUGAAUGAAAUUUUCCCAGAUUUAUUUACUAAUGAUGAUUUUCUAAAUCUGCGAUUUAAGGCCAUGGCGGAAGAUUCCCUGAAUGCUUCUCACCCCAUCUCUCUUGCUGUGCAGUCUGAAGAAGAGAUUGAAGAAAUGUUUGAUGUAGUCUCCUAUGGCAAGGGAGCUUCUCUCUUGUUGAUGUUGAAGAACUAUCUCAGUAAGGAUAUCUUCAGAGUUGGCAUUCAGGGCUAUUUGUAUGAUCACAGCUAUAAUUCCACCCGUAGUGAUGAUCUGUGGGACAGCAUGACAAAGGUCACAAGUGGAAAAGUGGAUGUUAAAAAGCUUAUGAAAACAUGGACUGUGCAGAAGGGAUUUCCUUUAGUGACAGUUACAACAAAAGGAAAUCAGAUUUUUCUGCGGCAGGAGAGAUUUGUGCGGAAUGUAGAAUCAAAAAAUGAGACCAUACACUCAAGUUAUCUAUGGCAUAUUCCACUUUCCUACAAGACCAGCAAUGGCAGCUCUUUCUUCUCUUCUCAUGCACAUUUACUGGCCAACAAGUCAGAUGUUAUUACACUUACAGAUAAAGUGGGCUGGGUCAAGUUCAACGUAGAAGCGAAUGAUUACUAUAUUGUUCAGUAUGAUGAUGCUGGUUGGAAGAUUUUGAUUCAGCUACUGAAGGAAGAUCCCACUGCUCUGACAUCCAGCGACCGAGCCAAUCUGAUCAAUAACAUUUUCAAUCUAGCAGGGUUGGGACUGGUAUCACUGGAUAAGGCCUUUGAGCUGAUCGAGUACCUAGUGAAAGAAAACUGCACUGCUCCGAUCACGGAAGCGUUGCAUCAAGUGAAUCAUAUCUAUAACCUAGUUGAAAAAAGGGGAUUGCAAACACUUGCUGCCAAAAUAGUGAAAAAGGUGGAAAACAUGCUUCGAGACAAGAUUAAGAAACAAACAUGGACAAACAGUGGAAGCCUCUCAGAACAAGAACUGCAGUCAAGUCUGCUAACCUUUGCCUGCUCUCAUAACUUGGGAAAUUGCAGCAACACUGCCACUAUGCUGUUCAACAAGUGGAUGAACUCCAGAGGCACCACAAGUCUGCCAACAGAUGUUAUGAAGAUCAUAUUCACAGCUGGAGCAAAAACUGAAGUUGGCUGGCAGUUCCUUUUGCAAAUGUAUUCCUCUUUGGUUUCUGAAGCAGAAAAACUCAAGAUCCUUGAAGCGCUAGCCAGCACAGAUGAUGUGGGAAAUCUGAUGAGGUUGAUGCAAAUAAGUCUUGAAGGAGUCCAGAUUAGAUCUCAGGAUCUUGCACUCAUUAUUGGAACAGUUAGCCACACUUUGCCAGGAAACCUACUGGCCUGGGACUUUGUCAAAGAGAAUUGGAAACAACUUAAACAAAAAUUUCACAGUGGAUCAUUCACAAUUCAAAAUAUUGUGACUUCAACAACUCGUCUAUUCUCAACAGAGGAACAUCUGCGUGAGGUGAAGACGUUCUUUGCGUCUGUAUCGGAGGAGACUGUUCAACUCCGAUGUGUCCAAGCAGCCAUUGAGACAAUUCAGCUGAAUAUCCAGUGGAUGAAAAUAAACUUGGAGAAGCUGGAGAAGCUGCUGCUGUAAUGUUUGCAGCAUCCCCAGAGCUCAUAUUAGCCACUUGGAAUGCUGCAACUCUUAACUCUUUUUGCUUUUGCAAAAACCAGGUUUGAAAAUGGGUGAUGCAGCUUUCUUUACGCUGUGAGAGGAUUAUAGUUAGCUCAGGGUACAUUUUUUCCUAAGAUGGUUCUCUUUGGAGUGGACUGGACAUAGUUGCUUUUUAGGAGAGUAGUCGUUGACCAAACAUCUGCUCAAAAAGAAGACAACUCUUUAAUAUUGUAGCGCAGCUCCCUGUCAUUUGAAAUCCAGUUCCAUUUUCGGAAAUUUGGAUGAAGACUGAGCAAGAGCAACAAAUCAACAACUCCCCUGAGAGCUGCUUUUCUUCGUAGAGUGCUGUUUGAUCUGCCUUCUGUGUUGUUGGUAACUUCUCGCAUUGUAAAUACUGUAAUUGUUGUGGAGCAUGUGUGUGUGUGUUUGUUUUUUAAGUACCAUGAUUCUAAAUGGCUGCUAAAGCAUAUAAAAUGGAGGUGGAAUGCUAGAAGUCAAAUGUUGGAUUUCCUUUGGAUUAUGUUUCCCCAGAUUAUACACUUAUAGGAGAUAGUGAUUGGUAGAAAAUUUAUUUUUGUUGGCAGUCUAAUUGGGUGGUAGUGGGUUACUCUAUGCUAAAUAAGCCAAAUAGUUUUCACAAAAAAAGUAGGGAGGGGGAGAGAUUGAUAAGACUUCAAUACCUGUCUUACAAAAAUCCCACCUUCUCAUAGUUACUAAUCUUUUUGCUGGUGUUGCACCAGUGCUACUGAACAUUAUACAGUUCUGCCUGAUUUGACACUUUUACUGCUGAUUUCUGACCUUUAUGUUCUUUGUAUCUUUCUGAGUCCUCAUUAACAAAGUACUACAGUAUUAAUUAAUCUAUCCCACAGAGCUUUAGUUCUGCCUGAUCCAGCCCUAGAAAUGCUGUUUUUAUUCUUGAGUUCUUGGAUAGAGCAACAAUAUUGGGACAAAACUGAAACAUAAGCGUUGGUUCAGAUGACCCAAGACAGGUUAAAUUUGCUAAAGGGUAUGCAAUUCAGUGUGACUUCAGUUGUUUAAAUAUAGUUUAGGCCACUGUGAAGAAAAGCAUAGUGUUUAGAAGGUAAGGAAAACAUUCAGAACCACAUACAGCUCUUUAAUGAGAAAAAUGAAGAUGGUUUUUUUUUUUUGAGGAGCUACAAUUCAUCAGGUUUUGCCAUGUUUAUAUCUGUUUUGAUUCAUCACAAAUAUAGUAUAAUGUUGAUUAAAAUCUACCUUAUCAACCAUGCAGACAACCAAAGGGGGUAAGUAAGGGGGAAAGUGAUGUGUUUAAUCUAAAGACAAACUCUUUGAUAUUCUUAAGCAAGUCCACUUAUAAAAUUGCUCAGAAAAUUAUCAUCUUUAUCUAAUUGUUACACUGUACUUACUGUUUGAAUGAAAAGAGAGAAUUAAUUCCCUUUAAGGGCAAGUAAUUAGAAGUGUUGCCAUGACCUUGAGCUGUCUGGGAUUGCGUGUGAAUAGCUAUGUGUUCCCCUCUGAUCUUCCUGUUCUGUACUCCACUUCUGGCUGUACCUUUUCCUAUGCACUAAUCUUUUAUUUGGCUUGGUUUGUAAUAGUACUGAUGGAUGUAAACUAGUAGGAUAGCAGCCCCAUUAAUUCCCCUCCUUGGGUCAUUUAACACUGUCCUACAGCAUAUAGAUGCACUUGCUACUGGAAAUGUGAAGUGUACUUGAAAAUAUAGUGCACUUGUGUCUUAGUAUUAAAAAUAUGUUAAAGCACUGUUUUUCUAAGAACACUUUUCAGUUAUUUAACUUUUUAAAAGUAUGGAAUCUAGAUGUUGUUAUGUGGUGGUUGCUAUUUAACCAAUCAUGUAUAUUCUUUGCUUCCCCGUGCCCAGACUGGGAUCCAGUGCCCAUUAGAAUCCAUCAAAGCUAUCUCACUUACCUCCUAAAAUUACAAGUGAAAUACAGCUUUGAUUCUAACAAGCGUUGAUUCCUUUUAGAUUUCUUGUUGGUUCACUGGGAGUUGUAGUGGUUGGACUGUCCUUUAUUUUUUAAGUUCAAGCCAAAGCUACAGUUUACAGGUAUUGUGUCUUGUUUAGAUGAACUUUAAUCUGUGCUGUUCCUUUCAGGAGGAACAUAAUGCACUGCGUAAUAUUUGGAGGUCUUUUCUCUAGCUGAAUAAUAUCGAGUGACUCUUGUUAGAAUAAAGAAUUUUCUACAGUGUUUUAAGACAUACAGGGCUAUUAAUGGUAUACUUUCUUAGGCGGUAAAAUAUCAGUUCUGUUUAAUAUUCCUUAUGUCUAUAUACAGCAUCUGUUAUGACUUUGCUGUUGUCACUCCUCUAACUUCACAGUUUUAAAAUUUUGUCUGAGAGAUAAUGUUUUGAUUUUUUCCAACCCCCUCAUCCCAGAUCAACCUCCCAUGUGUAGAAAUACAUCAUAGAAAUUUGCAAGCCAUUUUGUUUUUCUUUAAGUUCUGAAAUUGUUUUUUAAAUCUUUUUGGGUUAUGGGCUUUUGAAGGGGAGGAAUUGGAACAAAGACAAUCUUGGUUGUAUUUAAGCUAAUAGUAGCGAUUAUUCAUGUGCCUUAUGGGAGUAUAUUAUGAUGACUAUGAAAGGAAUAUGUUGAUAUGUAAAGGAAGUCUGUAUAUUUAAACCCUCCUUUCACAACUGUUGACUUACUUAUAGAAAGGUGUGUGGUGUUAUGGUUACUGAGUGAAUGAAACCUUUUUAGCCCAUCUUGUUGGAAUGUCUUGCAAUAAAACUUUUUUUUAAUUCCUUGGGACUAGAAGUCAAUUACUGUGAUCCAAAACUCUAUGGAGUUCCAAUGUACACAUAGAGGGUGGCACACAAGCAAGAAUUUUGCUGUUGUUUUCAGUGAUGGGAAACGUAACAUUCGCUGAUGCUAAAAGCAGAAGCAUCUGCUAACAUGUUUUCUCAAAGGUUGUUGAGUCUUGCAGGUGCCCCUCAAAUCUAGUGCUCAGCUGACUGUAAAGAAGUAGGUUUCAAUCCAAGUGUAACUUACACAGUUUCUAAGUGGCAUCCUUUGCUAUUAUGUCUUUAUAUGCUUUAAGCACAAUUGUAGUGUUAUGCUAUUAAACUUUAAUAUUUGACCUGGAGAAAAUAAUAUUCAGCUGUUUAUCUCCUGUGAGCACAACAUACACUGUUUGUAAAAAUGUUAGAAGUAUUGUCAAUCUUUUUAUCUGAAAAUGAAUACUAGAUAUAGUGACCAAAUCACAUUAGGAUUGAAUUUAUUUUCUCUUUCUCACCUAGAGCUAACUUUUGAACCACAUUUUCAUCUUUGAAACAACUGCCUAAUUUUUGUAGGAGGGAGAACAGAAAUGGCAGUCACUGUGUAUCUCUUUGGAGGUGGAUAGUACAAAGCUUCCCAUGGAAUCCAGUUCAAUCUGUUGUUAACAAAUGGAAAUGAGAAUUUGAAAGUGUCAGGCUUCCAAAACAAGAGAAUGCCUCAAGAUGCUUUGUAAGUAAGUUUCUCAGUAUCGGAAGUUGCUGAGUGCACUUUGUCAGGGAGUUCUAAAACUAUUCUAUAGAUAGCUACUUUAGUUUUUCCAGUUGCUCAAUGUUCUCCAUUCAGAAACUUGGAAAAAGAAACUAGCAUUGUCUGCAGAAGAACAUAUGGUGACUUGAACCAUAUCAGAUACUGGAGACACUAUAUUUAAAGUUACGUAUAAACGCUCAGAGGCAUUCACUUUUCUGCACUGUGAAGUAAGUGCAGCCUUCUGUCCUUUUUUUUUUUUUUAAGUCAGAAUUGUACCCAAACAACACAGCCAGCUUUCUGAAAUCGUCUGUUGCUGAAACCAUCUUACAUAUUCCUUCAAAACAUGGUCACUUUUUGUACUGGCCAUCUUAUGACUGACAUUAAUCUUUGAAUUCUCACAAAGCAACUGCAUGCAUAUUCGUUUGUAUUUAACUUUGUUUCAAUGGGUGUUGGGGGAAAGAGAGUAAGUGAGGGUUGGUUGGUUUGUAAUGGAUCUUGUUACAUUUGUCUGUCAUACCUGAAACUGAACAUGCAUUUUAAGGAUAAUGCUCCAAGGAAUUUGAUUGUGGCCUUUUUUCCUUGGUAGCAACAUGCUUCAGGGUACUAACCCUCGAACUGAGUCCUAUUUACAUGAUUAUAUGUCUUUCACCUGUUCUCUAUUAACAUUUUUCAUUCUGAUAAAUUGGCUUUCUUCAUCUCUCCAGGAAGAUGUUUGCUUUGCACUAUAAAUUGUAAAGUAAUGUCUCAUUAACUGUACAAUUUUUUAUGCAUUUCAUGAAUCUAGACUUCUGUGGAUGUGUUUGAAAUGCAAUUAAGGAGUGCUGGUCUAAAAGCAAAUUCCACUCAGAUGCAUACUCCAUGGCCUCCCUCUUCAAACGCACAUAAAAUGCAGGGAUAAACUCCUGAGUAGUUGUUAGGUCUCUUGUUCUUCCUGAUACUGUGUUAUGAUGCAACUAAAAUUUUUAUCAUGUAUUUAAUUAAGUUGUGGUUAAAGCUUUAGCCACUUUAAAAAUGUAAUUUGCCAUACUAAGCUCUCAGGUCGUAGUCUUUAAUAAUAACUUAAAACUACUCGGUUUGCAGUGUUACUUAAGCCUGCUAUUGUAGUUGAAAUACAGACCUUAACAUAAGAUAUUAUUUUGAUCAAAUCAAUAGUCUGGCAUCUUUUAAACAUUAGUCAUGGCAUCAUGUAGCAAAUAACUGUAAAAAUCUAAAAUAGUUAGCCUUUUAAAAAUGUGGAAUGGUAUGAUAAUGCUUGAAUGGAUCCUUGAAAGCCACUGAAGGCUUUUGAUUUACAAAGAGAGGGUAGAUUUGAGAGUAAAUUUGCACCAGAUCUGUGGAGAGAAGUAGGGUCUGUAAUUCUAGCGAUAACAAGAAGUUGGUCUGAAUACUGUAACAUCAAAGAAAUCCUGGAAUUUCAAAUACUAGAGGAAUUUGGAAAAGGGGUUAAACUUUUGUGUUUAAUACUGCAAGGUACAAUUACCUAAGCAGUAAAACUCCAAGUUAUACAAUACUUGCCUUGAGGUGAAGGAUUUCUGAAAGUGAUGUGUGUGUACAGGUACACAAAUUUAUAUGCAAAUUUUGGUUUUCUUUAAUUUUGUAAAAGGGAAUUAAAGCCUGUUUUCUUUGUACUUCAAGUUAAAUGGUUUGCAUUAUAAUCAGCACUGAUUUGAAGGGCAUAUAUACUGCAAACACUUGUGUAUGGGGUGAUGGGGUUGUGAAAUGAAAAUAAAAUCUUUAAACACAAAA